AUGCAGCCGACACGAUGUCUGCUCAAGCGGUCGGACCGCACAUCGUUCCGUAAGAGCACCCUCCUCAUUUCGGCCGGAAUCAUACCUCCCAACAAACCUACAACCUCCUGCUCUCAAUACUUUUCAGCCCCGCACCGCCGUCCGGCCACUCGACUGCCCAGACGCUCUAACCAUUUGCCCUUGCCCAGACUCCCAAUCGUGCGCCCUGAACCAGGAAAGAGGGUCGCGCCCAUUCGGACACAGGCGAGGUCAGCAACCAUCUUGCCCAACUUUGUCGGCCUCAAGUUCCAGGUGCACAACGGCAAGGUCUACCAUGACGUGACCAUUACCGAGGAGAUGGUGGGCCAUAAGCUCGGCGAAUUCUCUCCACCUUUGUAUGGGACAGGAAAUAAGGCGACCCCGUAUGACGGCAAGAGUCAAGGCGUCCUGACUUUAAGGACACUGGCAUUCGCGGCGUGA